AUGAAGCUCAAUGAUCGUACUAUCCAGAGAAGGCUAGCCGCGACAGAUAAGAUUAGAGCGAUACCGAGAGCUCUGCUGUAUAAUCACGUGACUCCACCUUCGGAACAUCGACAGAUCCGCCUGGACGACCUGCCUGGAACGUCAAUCCACCUUCAAUUCACAAUAAUCACAUUUCAAGUGGCGUUCCCAGACAACAAACAGCUAUGUCUGGCAAACACCCCAUCCACGUCCAUCCGGCCCGGCCUAUAUACCGAUUCGCUGCAACUGCGUUGGGAGCUAGCAUGUGGUUUUUCUUGA